AUGGCUCACGAGAAACAUCAGCCAGAGGAUGUAGAAGCGUGCAGUGAGAGUCAACAUCAUGACAAUAGCCCGACAUCUGCUUUCCAGCAGUUGGCUAUAUUGGAUCGCUUUCUUGCGGUUUGGAUUUUCCUUGCGAUGGUGGUUGGUAUUAUUCUUGGGAACUUCAUCCCAAAUACUAGCAAAGCACUUGAUAGAGGGAAGUUUGUGGGCGUUUCUGUGCCUAUUGCAAUCGGUCUGUUGGUCAUGAUGUAUCCCAUCUUGUGCAAGGUGAGGUUCGAGACGCUGCAUCGAUCAUCUCGGGAAAAGGAUCUUUGGAUCCAGAUUGGGUUCAGUAUCGUCGUCAACUGGAUUAUAGCUCCUCUGUUUAUGCUUGGCCUGGCUUGGGCGUUUCUUCCUGAUGAAAGAGGUCUUCGAGAAGGUCUCAUCCUCGUCGGUAUUGCACGAUGCAUCGCCAUGGUCCUCGUCUGGACGGGACUCGCUGGAGGAGAUGGGGAAUACUGCGCAAUUCUAGUGGCCAUCAACUCGAUUUUGCAGAUGGUAUUGUUCGCACCGCUCGCGAUCCUCUUCAUCCGCAUCAUUGGCGGAGCGGACCAUGGCCUGACAAUCGACUAUUCGCUGGCGGCAAAAAGCGUUGGUGUUUUUCUCGGUAUCCCCUUAGGAGCUGCCAUCGUCACUCGCUUCUGCCUUAGGUUCCUGAUCAGCAGGGAAUGGUACGAUAAACAAUUUCUGAAGUGGAUCAGCCCACUAUCCUUGAUCGGUUUGCUGUUCACAAUCUUGGUUUUGUUUGCGUCGCAGGGAAGACAUGUGGUGCACCAGAUUGUGUCUGUUAUCCGAGUAGCUGCCCCCUUGGUCGUUUAUUUUGGUGUCAUUUUUGGUGUCACUCUCGCUGUGACACGGCGCUUCGGAUUCGGAUAUAGAUUGUCUUGCACUCAAAGCUUCACUGCUGCGAGCAAUAACUUUGAACUUGCCAUCGCGGUAGCAAUAGCUACAUUUGGUGUGGACAGUGACCAGGCUUUGGCUGCCACGGUUGGGCCACUCAUCGAAGUUCCCGUGCUUCUGGGGUUAGUUUAUGUGGUAAAGUGGUUUGCAAAAAGAAAAAAGUGGGCUCCAUAG